UGUACAAGCAUCUUAAGGUAACUUUACAUGCAGAAGGUUUAGAGCCAAGAACAUGAAGUAAAAGAAAGUUUUAUUUGUAUUAUUCUUUUCUUGCUCCAUUUACUUGUAUCUUCUUUGAGGGGCACACUACAUAGCUCAAGUGCUGUUUUUCAGAUACACGAUUACACUCCAUAUUCUUUUUCCAGAUGACACUAUAUAUCUAUUUUACAGGACAAGAACACCAGGUUCAUGGCUCUGGAUUGUCUUCACCGUGUUUUGAAAAUUUAUUUGAGCGUUCAUGGGUACUCCCAACCAUCAAACCGGGUAUGGGACUACCUGGACAGUGUGACAGUACAACUUCUAACAGUUCUUAGGAAAGGGAUGCUUACACAGGAUGUCCAACUUGAUAAACUUGUUGAGUUCUGUGUUACUGUAGGGGAACAUAACCUUGAUUUUUGUAUGAACCAUGUGAUAUUGGAAAUGCUUAAGCAAGAUAGUCCAAGUGAGGCGAAGGUCAUCGGCCUUCGUGCUUUACUGGACAUUUCUAUGUCUCCCACAAGUGAGCAUGUUGGCUUGGAAAUCUUUAAUGCUCAGGACUUAAGCCACUAUGUUCCGAAAGUAAAGAGUGUGAUUGAGUCUAUAUUGAGGUCAUGCCAUAGAGCUUAUAAUCUGGCUCUUCUCACUUCUUCAAAGACAACAAUAGAUGCUAUUACCAAGGAAAAAUCACAAGGAUAUCUUUUUCGCUCAGUUUUGAAGUGCAUACCUCACCUGAUUAAAGAUGUUGGUCGAAGUGAUAGAAUCACUGAGAUAAUACCUCAGCAUGGGAUAAGCAUUGAUCCCGGUGUUCGAGAGGAAGCAAUACAAGUACUGAAUCGAAUUAUGAGAUGCCUACCUGAUCGUUGCUUUGCAGUUAUAAGAGCUAUGGUGAAAUUCAUCCUACGGCUUCCGGAUGAGUUCCCUCUUCUCAUUCAAACAUCAUUGGGACGCCUUUUGGAACUCUUGCAUUUAUGGAGAGCUUGUCUAUCUGACCAUAGUGUUGAACAGGAAACUUCAGAUGCAAAACAUGUGCAGAUAAACCAAAGCUUCAAGAGAUCUUUCAACCCAAGAGAACCAGUUGAAUUCCAUGCUUCAGAGAUUGAUGCAAUUGGUCUUGUCUUCCUUAGUUCUGCUGAUAGUCAGAUUAGGCACACAGCAUUAGAGUUGCUACGCUGUGCGCGUGCUAUUCAAAAUGAUAUAGAAAACCUUCUAUCAUGUGAGAGGUCAUAUCUCACCAAAGAUGAAGCUGAACUGAUACUUAUGAUUGAUGUUUUUGAGGAAAAUGGGGAUGACAUUGUUCAGAGCUGCUAUUGGGAUUCCAGUCGUCCUUUCGAUCUCAGACGAGAAUCUGACGUGGUACCUCCUGAUGUAACACUAGAGGCUAUACUUACUGAAAGCCAGGAUAAGAAUAGAUGGCCUCGGUGUCUUAGUGAGCUUGUCAAGUAUGGUGCAGAGCUCUGCCCACGUGCUGUUCAGGAAGCAAAGCUAGAGAUUACUAAGCGUCUUGCGCUUGUCACACCUGUUGAAUUGGGGGGAAAGGCUUCUCAGUUUCAGGAUGCAGAUAACAAACUAGAUCAGUGGCUCAUGUAUGCUGUAUUUGCUUGUUCUUGUCCACCUGGAAGGGAAGGAGCUGGUGCAGCAGCAACACGAGAACUAUUCCAUCUUAUCAUCCCCUCACUAAAAUCUGGUUCUGAAGCACAUGUGCAUGAUACUACUAUGGCUCUUGGGCUCUCGCAUCUGGAAGUGUGUGAAAUAAUGUUCAGUGAGCUGGCAUCCUAUAUAGAUGAAAUUUCUUUGGAAACAGAAGGAAAACCGAAAUGGAAGUCUCAAAAAUCUCGCCGUGAAGAACUCCGUAUCCACAUUGCAAACGUAUACAGAACUGUUGCAGGGAACAUCUGGCCUGGCAUGCUGAUCCAUAAGCCAGUUUUCCGUCUUCACUAUUUGAAAUAUAUUGAUGAAACAACCAGAUUAAUAUCAACAGUCCCUCUUGAGAACUUUCAAGAGAUGCAAACUCUUCGCUAUGCACUUGCAUGUGUACUAAGAUCACUGGCCCCUGAGUUUGUGGAUUCAAAAUCAGAAAAAUUUGAUCCUAAAACCAGAAAGCGAUUGUUUGAUCUUUUUCUCUCCUGGGGUGAUGAUGUGGGUAAUACAUGGAGUCAGGAUGGCCUAAGUGAUUAUCGGCGUGAAGUUGAACGCUACAAGUCUAGUCGUAAAACUCGAUCAAAAGAUUCCAUAGACAGAAGUUCAUUUGACAAAGAAGUGUCUGAACAAGUCGAAGCAGUACAAUGGGCUUCCAUGAAUUCUAUGGCAUCGUUGUUAUAUGGCCCUUGUUUUGAUUUCGACAAUGCAAGAAAAAUGAGUGGCCGGAUUAUAUAUUGGAUUAACAGUCUCUUCAUUGAGUCUGCACCCAGGGCUCCCUUUGGUUAUUCACCCACUGAUCCAAGAGCUCCAUUUUAUUCUAAACACACUGGAUGUGAUAAGAGCAAAGUUGGUCACCUUCGUGUUUCCCUUGCUAAAAUAGCUUUAAAGAAUCUUAUUCUUACAAAUUUAGACCUGUUUCCUGCUUGCAUUGACCAGUGCUACUAUUCUGAUGCUGGCGUGGCAAAUGGGUACUUCAGUGUAUUAGCUGAAGUCUACACGCAUCAAGAGAUACCUAAUUGUGAAAUCCAACGACUCUUGAGCUUGAUUCUCUACAAGGUGGUGGACCCAUCUAGACAGGUUCGUGAUGAUGCCCUACGGAUGCUUGAGACACUAUCUAUCCGUGAGUGGGCUGAAGAUGGGGUUGAGGGAUCAGGAAGUUAUCGGGCUGCAGUGGUUGGAAAUCUUCCCGACUCUUACCAACAAUUCCAAUACAAAUUAUCUUGCAAGCUUGCUAAAGAUCGUCCUGAGCUGAGCCAGCUUCUUUGUGAGGAAAUAAUGCAGAGGCAACUGGAUGCAGUUGAUAUAAUUGCACAGCACCAAGUUCUAACAUGCAUGGCUCCUUGGAUUGAAAACCUUGAUUUCUGGAAACUCCAAAAUUCAGGCUGGAGGGAAAGAUUAUUGAAAAGCCUUUACUAUGUAACAUGGAGGCAUGGCGAUCAGUUUCCUGAUGAAAUUGAGAAGCUUUGGAGCACUAUUGCUAGUAAGCCGCGUAAUAUCCGUCCAAUUCUUGAUUUUUUGAUCACUAAAGGAAUUGAAGAUUGUGAUUCAAAUGCAUCAGCAGAAAUAAGUGGUGCAUUUGCUACAUACUUCACAGUUGCUAAACGAGUAAGCUUAUAUCUAGCUCGAAUUUGUCCACAAGGUACAAUUGACCACUUGGUUUACCAAUUGGCACAGCGAAUGCUUGAGGAUAGCCUGGAACCUUUCAGACCAACAGCAAACGAGGGUGAUCUCAAUGGAGAUUUUGUUUUGGAAUUUUCUCAGGGUUCAGAAACAGCGCAGCUUGCGCGGCUUGCGUCUGUUAUAGAUAACCAGCCUCGUAUGUCACCCUUACUGGUUCGAGGAUCUCUUGAUGGUCUACUACGAAAUACAAGUGGAAACUUAAGUUGGAAAACAACAGCUGUAAGAGGGCGAAGUGCUUCAGGAACUUUGAUCCCCAUACCUCCUGAGAUAAAUGUUACUCCUGUAACUGCUGGACGAUCUAGCCAGCUCAUUCCAUCUCUAGUAAACAUGUCAGUCCCAUUAAUGGGGAUCCGAACUUCAGCAGGAAAUUCAAGAAGCCGGCAUAUUUCUCGAGACAGUGGGGACUACCUCAUUGACACUCCAAAUUCUGAAGCAGAUGGUCUGCAUUCUGCUAGUGGAACUCAUGGUGUCAGCGCUAAAGAACUGCACAGAGCCUUACAGGGGCAUCCACAGCAUUCAUUAACCCAUGCUGAUAUUGCGCUGAUUCUACUUGCAGAAAUCGCUUAUGAAAACGAUGAAGAUUUUCGGGAGCACUUACCUUUACUUUUUCAUGUCACGUUUGUCUCAAUGGAUAGCUCUGAAGACAUUGUGCUAGAACACUGCCAACAGUUGCUUGUUAAUCUGCUGUAUUCUCUUGCUGGGCGUCAUCUGGAACUUUACAAUGUUGAAAACAGUGAUGGAGAGAACAGGCAACAGGUUGCGAGCCUGAUUAAGUACGUCCAAUCGAAACGAGGGAGCAUGAUGUGGGAAAAUGAGGACCCGACGCUCGUGAAAAUCGAGCUCCCGAGCGCCGCGCUUUUGUCCGCGCUCGUGCAGAGCAUGGUGGAUGCAAUCUUCUUCCAGGGUGACCUCCGAGAAACUUGGGGAGCCGAGGCGCUCAAGUGGGCCAUGGAGUGCACCUCGAGACACCUUUCGUGUCGGUCCCACCAAAUCUACCGAGCGUUGCGGCCCCGUGUGACGAACGACGCUUGUGUCUCGCUUCUCUGGUGCCUCCAUCGUUGCCUAGCGAAUCCCGUACCUUCGGUUUUGGGGUUUGUUAUGGAGAUCCUUUUGACAUUGCAAGUGAUGGUCGAAAAUAUGGAGCCUGAAAAGGUGAUAUUAUACCCCCAGCUUUUCUGGGGUUGUGUCGCUAUGAUGCACACCGAUUUUGUCCACGUGUACUGUCAGGUACUCGAGCUCUUUUCUCGUGUUAUUGACCGUUUAUCGUUUCGUGACAAAACAACCGAAAACGUUCUCCUCUCGAGCAUGCCACGAGACGAGCUCGAUCAUAGUGUUGCUGACACCGACUUCCAGAGACUCGAGCCACAGAACCCUGGUGUAACCUCACCAUCGAGCGGGAAAGUCCCGGCUUUCGAAGGGGUCCAGCCGCUCGUACUUAAAGGACUCAUGUCAACCGUGAGUCAUGAUAUCUCAAUCGAGGUUCUCUCAAGGAUAACCAUACACUCUUGUGAUUCAAUCUUCGGGGACCCAGAGACAAGACUUUUGAUGCACAUCACGGGCUUGCUUCCCUGGCUCUGCUUACAUCUAAACCCGGAGGCGGUUGUGGGCCCUACUUCGCCUCUAUUACAACAACACCAAAAGGCUCGCUCAGUUUCGGGGAAACUGGCAAUAUGGUGUCGGGCAAAAUCCUUGGACGAACUAGGUACUGUCUUCAUGGCCUAUUCGCAGGGUAAACUGAAGAGCAUAGACAAUCUACUUGCUUGUGUCUCGCCACUACUAUGUAAUAAGUGGCUACCAAAGCAUUCAGCUCUGGCUGUUGGGCAUUUGCUUAAUCUUCUAGAGAAGGGACCCAAUGAAUAUCAGCGUGUUGUUCUUCUAAUACUGAAGCAAUUGCUUCAGCAUAUUCCCAAGGGUGCUGUUCAGAGUCCACAUAUGUAUGCACUCAUUUCCCAGUUAGUCGAAAGCACUCUGUGUUCAGAGGCACUAAGCGUAUUAGAAGCUCUUUUACAUAAUGAUGACUCUAUGCAUGUAUCCCAGAACUACGAAAGCAGACUUGGUGGAACCGACGAGUCAUUGUUGAUGGCUCGUAGUGGACCAUCACAACAGGCUAUGGGCCUUGGGUUUGUCCCAGGAUCCACAUCGACUGUAAAAGCUACCCUAACUGAAUCAGGUAUUUCGCCUAAAGAGUUGGCUUUGCAGAAUACUCGUUUAAUCCUUGGGCGUGUGCUUGAUAAUUGCGCACUCGGGCAAAGAAGGGACUACAAACGACUGGUACCGUUUGUGACUACUAUCAGCAACCCUUAACCUUCACACUUCUCUUUAUUCAAUGAAUGAGAUCAUUAUGGUUCAUCGAUUGAUUCAUCAUGACAAUUCACCAAUAACACCCAAGUAUGAGAUUCAAGCACCUGGAAGCUGGAUUGCAUAUAAAUGAAGCUAGAAUAGCGAUUCUUUGCAAAGACUACCGACAGUGGUAGCUUAAAUAGUCUUUGUAUUGUAAUAAAAAUGCAGUUAAGUUAAUUGUAUUAUAAAACAACUAAUUGUGUUUUUCUAGCUUUCAAUAAUUUAAGAUGAAAUA